CCCUGGCCCCGAUGCGAGCCCGCCGCGGGAGGAGCGGGGGCUGGGCCCGGGCCCGCGGGCGGGCUGCGCUCCCCGGUACCGGGCGCGGCUCAACGGCUCCGUGUCUGGGUGGGGACCGUUGAGGAGCGGGGUCCGCACGGGGACCGGGGGUAUUUAACGUUUCCGUCAAAGACUUGGCGGGAUCGCGCCCACCCUCAGCAGGUUUGCAGGUGACACCGAGCCGAGCGGUGCAGGUGGCACGGCAGAAGGACGGGAUGCCGUCUCGAGGGGCCGGGACAGGGUGGGGAGGCGGGCCUGUGAGAGCCUCGUGGCGUUCAAUCGGGCCAAGUGCAGGGUCCUGCAGCUGGGUCGGGGCAACACGGGUAUCAAUAUAGGCUGGAGGAUGAAGGGAUUGAGAGCAGCUCUGCAGAGAAGGACUUGGGGGUACUGGGGGACAAAAAACUGGACAUGAGCCAACAAUAUGCACUUGCAGCCCAAAAGGCCAACUGUAUCCUGGGCUGCAUCAAAAGCAGUGCAGCCAGCAGGGUGAGGGAGGUGAUUCUACCCCUCUGCUCUACUCUGGUGAGACCCCACCUGGAGUGCUGUGUCCAGCUCUGGAGGCCCUCAGCACAAGAAGGACACGUAACUGUUGGGAGUGGGUCCAGAGGAGGCCACAAAAAUGAUCUGGGGGCUGGAGCACCUCUCCUACAAGGACAGGCUGAGAGAGUUGGGUUGUUCAGCCUGGAGGAGGCUGAAGGAGGACCUUAUUGCAGCCUUCUAGUACUUAAAGGGGGACUAUAGGAAGGAUGGGGACAAACUCUUUAGCAAGGCCUGUUGUGACAGGACAUGGGGUUUCAAACAAAUGGUUUCAAACUAAAGGAGGGUAGAUUUAGGCUGGAUAUAAGGAAAAAAAUUUAUAUGAGGGUGGUGAAACACUGGAACAGGUUGCCCAGAGAGGCUGUGGAGGCCCCAUCCCUAGAGACAUUCAAAGUCAGGUUGGACGGGGCUCUGAGCAACCUGAUCUAGUUCAAGAUGUCCCUGCUCGCUGCAGGGGGGGUUGGACUAGAUAACCUCUAAAGGUCCCUUCCAACACAAACCAUUCUAUGAUUCUACUGGAGCUGCAGCGAGCUGGGGGCCACCGAGGCUUUGCAUAAACCUCAUUUUAGCCCUGAAGGGAGAUGGGGCAAAGGUCUGUGGGCAGUGCUGAGGUGGUCUGGCCAUGGCACUCUGCAGCUCAGCUGUGCCCAGGAUGGGAGCAGGGAUGAGGCCAGCUCAUGCUGUUCAUACCGGGGUUAGUGGAGAGCACUGUCACACCACUGGGGGCACAGGGCAGACCACUCCCUUGCUCUUGCAGGGGAACACAAAACCAUUUUUCAUCUGCGUAUGUCCAGUUUGCAGAUCAGCUGCAAACCUUGAGAAGGCCUGGAUGAGAAGGAGGCCUUUGGAGCGUGUCAUAUAAUCACAGAAUCAUUAAGGUUGGAAAAGACCUCUGAGAUCAUCAAGUCCAACCAUCAACCCAACACCACUGUGCCCCCUAAACCAUGCCCUGAAGUGCCACGUCUACGUGUUUUUUGAACACCUCCAGGGAUGGUGAUUCCCACCACCUCUCUCGGCAGCCUGUUCCAGUGCCUGAACACUCUUUCAGUAAUUUUUCCUAAUAUCCAAUCUAAACCUCCCCUGACACAGUUUAAGGCCAUUUCCUCUCAUCCUAUUGCUAGUAACUUGGGAGAACAACCUCCCCACCUCACUACAACCUCCAUUCAGGUAGUUUUAGAGAGUGAUAAGGUCUCCCCUCAGCGGCCUGUUCUCCAGACUAAACCCUAGCUCCCUCAGCUGCUCCCCAGCCCCGCUGCCCUUCACACCCGUGCCGUGACGGCCGGGUUUGCGGCAGCUCCAGCCGAGCCUUCGGGAGGAGGGGGGCCCGAGGCAGUCGGGUCUCUGCUGGAGUUUCGGGGCCAGCGUGAGGCUGCGGGGCGGGGCAGGACCCUUUGCAAGGCACUCACCGCCAUGCCCCCGCCUCAGGCUGGCAGCCUGCGGCGCCCGGACCCGGCAUCCCCGUACCCCGGCCCGGAGCCGCCGGGGCAGGCCAGGGGCACAGGGCCGGGCCCUGUUGCUCCCGGUGCCGGUGCGGCCCACGCUGGCCGUAACUUGCUCCAGCCCUACCGAGCCGUCAGGGAAGCCCGCGGCCCGCCGCGUGGAGUGCUCCCCCGAGAUCCCGGGAGGUUGAGUGUCCUCCCCGCGGGCCGGCUCCGGCCGAACGCGCCCACGCGUGUGUCUGCUGGCGUGAACCGGGGCGGCCCGGGGUACCGGAGGCGGCCCGCCGCCGCCUCGGCCCCGCUUCACCUGCCCGCUCCCAACCCUGCCAAGGCGGCCCGAACCCUGCCGAGACGGCCCCAACCCUGCCGAGGCUGAUCCGAACCUCUCCGAGGCUGCCCGAACCCUGCCGAGGCUGGUCCGAACCCUGCCGAGGCGGCCCGAACCUCCCCGAGGAGGCCCGAACCAUCCCGAGCCUCCCCGAACCUCCCCGAAGUCUGCCGAGCGCGAUCCGAACCCCGCCGAGCCCGUCCCGAGCGUCGCCGAAGGUGCCCGAGCCCUCGGCGGGCGGAGCCGAAGGCGGCCGAAGCGGCCCGAUCCCCGCGGGGCGCGCGCGGCGGGCUGGGCUCGGCUCCGCAGUGGCGGGGGGGCGCAGAGGCGGCAGCCAAGAUGGCGGCGCGGGUGGCGCAGGGGCCGGCAGCCCUUGGGCGCUCCUAGGCCGCGGUCCCCCCCACCCCGGGCGGGCUCCCCGCCGUGGCGGCGCCCCCCGUUUGCGACCGGCAGGAUGCUGCCCUCGCAGGAAGCCUCCAAGCUCUACCAUGACAACUACGUGCGGAACUCCCGCGCCAUCGGCGUGCUCUGGGCCAUCUUCACCAUCUGCUUCGCCAUCAUCAACGUGGUGGUUUUCAUCCAGCCCUACUGGGUGGGCGACAGCGUCAACACCCCCAAGCCCGGUUACUUCGGGCUGUUCCACUACUGCGUGGGCAGCGGGCUGGCGGGCCGGGAGCUGUCGUGCCGCGGCUCCUUCACCGACUUCAGCACCAUCCCCUCGGGCGCCUUCCAGGCGGCGGCCUUCUUCGUGCUGCUCUCCAUGGUCCUGACGCUGGGCUGCAUCACCUGCUUCGCCCUCUUCUUCUUCUGCAACACCGCCACCGUCUACAAGAUCUGCGCCUGGAUGCAGCUGCUGGCAGCGCUCUGCCUGGUGUUGGGCUGCAUGAUCUUUCCUGAUGGCUGGGAUGCAGAGACCAUACGGGACAUGUGUGGGGAAAAGACAGGGAAGUACUCCCUGGGUGACUGCUCCGUGCGCUGGGCUUAUAUCCUGGCCAUCAUCGGAAUCCUCAACGCCCUCAUCCUUUCCUUCCUGGCCUUUGUCCUCGGCAACCGGCAGAAUGACCUGCUGCACGAGGAGCUCAAGACAGAGAGCAAAGAUUUUGUCGGCACAGCGAGGAUAUAAGGCCAAGUGCCUGCAGCAGGACCCUCUCUCCGCGGCCGGCAGCCUGGGUGCUCCCUCCCUGUCCUGCCCUUCAUCUGCUGCCAGCGGCCACGCAUCGUCCCACGCCGCCCCGGGCCCUUCUGCCCGCACCGGGGACACGCCGGCCGCCUGCUGCAUCCACAGCCACCUCCAUGUCCACGCCGGCACCGCCAUCCCAUGUGCCCUGCCAGCUCCACACCCCCCGCUGCCCGUGGGCCACCACCCAGGGAGGAUGCCCCAAACUUGCUUCGUUCGAGAACAGCAUCCAACUGUGGUUUUGUUUCGAGGAAAAAACAGUCUCAGAGUUUUUAACAGAUUUCUACAUCCCCAGGACUCCUGACCCGCUGCCUCCCACCCAAACGCACACCCAGUGAUGCCCCGCGCCGGCUGCUCCAGGCCCCAGCCUCCUCCCCGCUCCCAUUUUGUACAGCUCCGAGAUCGUCUCCACAACUGGGGGACCCGGUGGCCAGGACGGGGCCCAACCCCUACUUUUACGUGUAAAUUCAUAUUCUCUAUACAGGGUAAAGUGACUUGAGCCCCCAUCUCCCCCUGUCCUGGGAGCCUGGCCUCAGGACAUGGUGUUUCCUGGCGCAAGGCCAGGGCCGCAGGCUGCUGCUUGCUCCCCCCCAGCGCGGGGACCGCAGGGGCCUCACUGCCGCUGGCUGCUGGGACACACGACUCGCGCCGCCUCCGCUGAAUGUAAGCCCUGGUAAGUGGGAGCAGCUGAACAUGCAAACACCCCCUGGGCGGGCACAGGAGGACCCCCCCCACCAGCCUCCUCCCAGAGCUGGCUGAGGGCUGUUGCCAAAUGCCUUUCCCUCCCCAUCCCCAUACGGUGCUUUAUCUCCACUGGUAACAGCAAGGCUCUCCCUGCCACGUGGUGUGGCUGGGGGCAGGCCUGGACACUCCUGCACCCACCCCAGCAUCCAAGCUGUGUCCCCUGGCUGGACCUUGCUGGCAUGUGGCGACAGCCUGGCGGGAGCCAGUGGCAGCUCCCAGGGCGGUGCUGAGCCCGGCAGCCUCCGACCACGACCCAGCCUCAAUCGCACGCACAUAGCACCCAGGAGCUGGCACCGACACCCCCGGCACCCUCCCCGGCACGGGCGGCCAUGGCCCAGCUGCAACUCUGCUGGCCAGACCGGUGCAUGUGGGCUUCCCUGGGUCCUGGCCGUGGGGGCUCAGGUCAUCGCAGGCCUUGCAAUGCAAUAAAGUCCUCAGCACUGGCCGUGUCUCAGUGCGAGUAGCUGGGGGCUGUUUACAGGGCCCCCAGCUCUCCAGGGAGCGACAGGCCAAGGGGCUCGUGGGGGCCCUGGCAGAGCGGGACCUGGGUGCUGGGCAAGCUCUGGGAGUGGGGCUGAGCUGGGUGCCAGGAGCAGAGUGGGGCCCUGGGAAGGGCAGUGCCAGGCAGAGGAGCUGCUGCCAACAGGGCCAGGCUGCGGCGUGGGGAGGCUGCCGGGAAGCGGCAAUGAAGAGCUCUGCAGGAACCACCGCCCAGCCUGGCGAGCUGGGGCAGCCGGGGCUGGCAGGAGCCGGUAAGUCAUGCCCUGAGACCCUGUGGGGCAGCAGUGAGGGACGGAGCCAUGCCAAAACACCGGCUGGGAGCCGAAGUCACCUGGGAUGGCGUGGGUGCUGGCACUCCUCUGCCUACGGCUUCCGCCAGCCACAAGCCCGGCAGUGCCCACGUCCCUGGAUCGGGGCCGGCAGGAGCCCCUGUGCCCGGCCCUGGCAGCACCCGGGUCUUGCCAGCUUGUGAGCGCUGUUGCCAGCUGAAUUAGAAAAAACAAAGGAAGAAACAUCAGUGGAGAAAGGAAUACAGUAGCUGUAAUAUAUCUGUAUUUUAGUACAAAGUUUGAUACAGUGUUUCACAAAACCUUAUUGAAAAAUAUAAUUCAAACCAGACAA